AUGCGACUUCGAACUCCAACUACAAGAACUUAUAAAGAUGCAAUUAAUGCUUUAAAUACUUUACAAUCUAAUUUUGCUUCGAUUGAAGCUAAUAGAAAAUUAGGUCCAAAUGUUGAUAGACAUGCACUUUCAUUAAAUGAAGUUAUUGAAUAUACUAAAAGAUUAGGUUAUUCAACAACAGACUUUAAUAAAUUAAAUAUAAUUCAUAUUACUGGUACAAAGGGUAAAGGUUCAACAUGUGCAUUUACUGAAUCAAUUUUAAAACAAUAUUUAAAUAUUCCAACAUCUCCAACUUCAACUUCAACACCUCCAAUUACAAAAAUUGGAUUAUUUACUUCACCACAUUUAAAAUCAGUUCGAGAAAGAAUUAGAAUUAAUGGUAAUCCAAUUAAUGAAUUAAAAUUUACAAAAUAUUUUUUUGAAGUAUGGGAUAAAUUAUCUACUACAACUUCAUCACCAGAAGAAUGGCCAACUUUACAACCUUGCGAUACAAUAAAACCAAUGUAUUUUAAAUAUCUUACAAUUUUAUCAUUUCAUGUAUUUAUGCAAGAAGGUAUUGAUACUGCUAUUUAUGAAGUUGGAGUAGGAGGAAAAUAUGAUUCAACUAAUAUAAUAGAUAAACCAACCGUUACUGGUAUUUCAAGUUUAGGUAUUGAUCAUACAUUUAUGUUAGGUAAUACUAUUGAUAGAAUUACUUGGAAUAAAACGGGGAUUUUUAAAUCAAAUGUUCCUGCGGUUGUAUCUCAACAAUUUGAACAUCCAGAAACAAUUGAACAAAUUAAACAAAGAAGUAUUGAAUUAAAUACUGAUGGUUUAGAAAUUGUUAAAUCUUUACCUUCAACAAUAAAAUUAGGAUUAGCAGGAGAUUUUCAAAGACAAAAUGCUGCUUUAGCAGUAAGAUUAGCAUCUAUUCAUUUAAAAAAAUUAGGAUUUAAUCCUAAAGAAAUUCCUCAAAUUAUUGAACAAGAAGGAAAUGAAAUUGUUAUUGAAGAUUUAUCAGAAAAAUUCUUAACAGGAUUACUUCAAGUUCAUUGGGAUGGUAGAUGUCAAAUUCUUAAGAAUAAACCAGGAUUUGAUAAUAUUACUUGGUAUAUUGAUGGAGCUCAUACAUUAGAAUCUAUUAAUGUUUCAUCUCAAUGGUUUAAAAAUGAAUUAAAUAAUUUAAUUAUUCAAGAUAAUGGUAAAAAGAAGAGAACUAAAAUUUUACUUUUUAAUCAACAAAGUCGUGAAAAUGCUUCAGCAUUAUUAAGUAAAUUAUAUGAAAAUACUUCAGGAACUUUUGAAUUUGAUCAUGUAAUUUUUACAACUAAUAUAACUUGGUCAGAUGGGAAAUAUAAUUCUGAUUUAGUAUCACUUAAUAAUUCUGCAGAAGUGGUUGAUAAAUUAAUUAUUCAAAAGGGGUUAGCACAAACUUGGUCAGAAUUAGAUGCAAAAUUUAAACGAACUCAUACAAGAAAACAUAUAUUUCAUGAUAUUGAAACUGGAGUUAAUUUUAUAAAGAGUUUAACUAAAUCAAGUGAAAAUUCUGAAAUUGAAGUAUUUGUAUGUGGUUCAUUACAUUUAGUUGGAGGAUUUUUAGUUGUUGUUGAUAAUGAAAGAGAUUAG